AUGCAAAGAACAAUAGGCCAGUCUCAGGAAAGUGUGGAAGCCACCUCGUCAAGCCGCGUGGAGUUGCCGCGCAUGCGACGUAGGAAAGGCGAUUCCCUUGAAGGCAGAAUAGUACGCUGGAUAUUCUUCGGCUGCGCACUGAUUUCUAUCCUCACGACCCUUGGCAUCAUCUUCACACUGGUGUCGCAGGCGAUCGGCUUCUUCGUGGAGGUCUCGGUAUGGGACUUCCUCACCGGAACCCGCUGGACGCCGAUACUGAAGCCCCGCGCCUACGGUGUACUGCCUCUGGUCGGGGGCACGCUGCUCAUUGCAGCAAUUGCGGCGAUGGUCGCGCUGCCCGUCGGUUUGGCGGCGGCGAUCUUCCUGUCAGAGUACGCGCCGAACAAGGUGCGCCGCAUCGUGAAGCCUGUCCUUGAAAUCCUGGCAGGCAUUCCCACCGUCGUUUACGGCUACUUCGCGCUCACUUUUGUAACGCCACUGCUGCAGAUCUUAUUCCCCGAGAUGCUGGUGUUCAACGCACUGAGCGCCGGAAUCGUGAUGGGCGUAAUGAUAAUUCCGAUGGUGUCGUCGCUGAGCGAGGACGCUAUGAAUUCGGUGCCCAACUCACUGCGUAACGCCGCUUAUGCGCUCGGCGCGACUCGCGUUGAAGUGAGCCUGCGCGUGGUGGUGCCUGCCGCGCUGUCCGGCAUCGUCGCGUCUUUCAUUAUUGCCAUAUCUCGCGCCAUUGGCGAAACGAUGCUCGUUACCAUCGCUGCAGGCGCGACGCCGAACCUAACGCUCAAUCCACUCGAAAGCAUACAGACGAUGACCGCAUUCAUCGUGCAGCUCAGCCUCGGCGAAACGCCGCACGGCUCACUUGAGUACAACACCAUCUUCGCGGUGGGUCUGCUUCUGUUCUUGAUUACACUGGCGAUGAAUCUGAUGGGCCACUUCAUCGUCAAGCGAUGGCGGGAGAAAUACUAA